AUGUUUAUUGGCCAUAGUUCAGAGGUAGCAGCCAGUUUCAACAUGUACAGACAGAGUUUAAGACAACCAGGGUUGAAGAAAACAGAUGUUACCGUGACUGGUGAUAAAUGGAAGUCUGAUCUUCAGACUGUCAUUAGUCAAGAACUUAGAAUUUUUCUCAUUGGCAAGAGUGGUUCCGGAAAAAGUGAAACUGGAAACACACUUCUAGGAGAAAAGGUGUUUGAGUCAGGUCUUUCUCCAGAUCCUGUUACCAAAGAGUGUCGACAUGGAACGAAGAAAAUUGGAAGGCGAAACAUUGUUAUUGUUGAUGGACCGGGAAUAUUUUUUGAUCGUGGAUUCACUGAUGUAAAAAUGAAACAGGAGUUGGCAAAGGCAACUGCAUUGCUUGCACCUGGUCCUCACGUGUUUAUACUUGUGGGUGGUUUAAACAGAUUUGACGAGUCGGAAAUUAAAGCAGUAGAUUUGUAUAAAAAGGCAUUUGGUGAAGGGAUGAUGAAAUAUCUCAUUGUAGUUUUUAGUAGAAGAGAUGAAUUGGAUAGAAAUGGUAUGACAAUUAAGGGCUAUGUAACGAAAUUUAAAAAGGAUCAGAAAAAUUUCCUUGCCAGUUGCGAUAAUCGUUAUUUUUCCAUCAAUAACGUUGCACCAGAUGCAGACAAAGCAACACAAGCAAACGACUUAAUUAACAUGAUUUUUGAAUUAGAGAAACAAAACAAAGGAAAGAUUUACCAAAAUCCCGAGUUUGACAACGCAGAGAAAGAACUCGAAAACAGAAUACAAGAAUUGCGUAAUAAAUCGCCUACCAGUCUUGAAGAGAUUUCUAUCUUGAGAGCAUCAAUUCGUCGCGAAAUUACAGAGGGAUCUAUUUGGUCCAAAGCAGUUCUCGGAUUACUUGUUACGGGUGGUGCUGGUCUUGUCGGUGCGGUUGCAUUAUAUUUUGCAGGACCGUCUGCUGUGGUAACUGGUAUAGCUGCUAUUGUAUCAAGUUUAACAAAGUUUUACCCGAGAUGACUCUAUAACAUUUAAUCGUAAUUUUA